CAGACGCUCCAUUGUCGCCUUUACCACCACAUUCAUCUUCACAACUGCCUUCGCAUCUUUUCAACCGCCUGUUGUCGUUUUCAAUCUCAAUUGACUGCUUAUAUCUCAUUCUCCUUUCAAUAGCACACCUUCCAACAUGCUCAAGCCAGUUUCUCGUCCUUUUACUAACUCCCUUGCAAGAUUAUCCAAAUCCUACAAUUCCUCGAGUUUAUCCUUUGUUCGUAGACUCUCGACUAAAGAACAUGAUAUCGUCAUUAUAGGUGGCGGUCCUGGUGGUUAUGUGGCUGCCAUCAAAGCUGCUCAGCUUGGUUACAACACUGCCUGUGUUGAAAAAAGAGGUAAAUUGGGUGGUACAUGUCUUAACGUUGGCUGUAUUCCAUCCAAAUCUUUAUUAAACAACACUCAAUUCUACCAUCAAAUUAAAACCGACACCAAAGAAAGAGGUAUUGAAGUGUCCGAUGUUCAAAUCAAUUUGGGCAAUUUACUAAAAUCAAAAGAAAAAGCUGUCAACUCAUUAACCGGCGGUAUUGAAAUGUUAUUCAAAAAAAAUAAAGUCACCUACUACAAAGGCAAUGGUUCAUUUAUUGACGAGCACUCAAUUAAAGUCGAUCCAAUUGAAGGCGGUGAAGAAGCCAUUCUAAAGGCUAAAAACAUAAUUGUCGCAACUGGUUCUGAACCAACCCCCUUUCCAGGUAUCGAAAUCGACGAAAAACAAAUCAUCACCUCAACUGGCGCUUUAUCCUUAACAAAGAUCCCCAAAAAGAUGGCUGUCAUCGGUGCAGGUAUUAUCGGUCUUGAAAUGGGUUCUGUCUGGUCAAGAUUAGGUUCUGAAGUGACUGUUUUAGAAUACUCUCCAGUAAUUGGUGGUGCAGGUAUGGACGGUGAAGUUGCAAAAUCAAUUCAAAAAAUCCUCAAAAAACAAGGUCUAGAUUUCAAAACAAACACAAAAGUUUUAUCCGGAAAAGUCGAUGGCGAUCUCGUCAAAAUUGAAGUUGAAGACGUAAAAUCAGGUAAAAAAGAAGUCCUUGAAGCUGAUGUUCUCUUAGUUGCUGUUGGUAGAAGACCUUAUGUUGCCGGUCUUAAUGCUGAAACUAUCGGCUUAGAAGUUGAUCCAAAAGGCAGAUUGGUCAUUGAUUCCGAAUUCAAAACUAAACACCCUCAUAUCAGAGUGAUUGGCGAUGUUACUUUCGGUCCAAUGUUAGCUCACAAAGCAGAAGAAGAAGGUAUUGCUGCCGUUGAAUAUAUCAAAAAGGGCCAUGGCCACGUCAACUACGGUAACAUCCCCGGUGUCUUAUAUACCCACCCUGAAGUUGGUUGGGUCGGUAAAUCUGAAGAAGACUUGAAACAAGCUGGUAUUAAAUACAAAGUCGGCAAAUUCCCAUUCAUUGCCAAUUCUAGAGCUAAAACUAAUUUAGACACCGAAGGUUUUGUCAAAUUCAUUAUAGAUGCUGAAACUGAAAGAGUUCUCGGUGUUCAUAUCAUUGGCUCAAAUGCUGGUGAAAUGAUCGCUGAGGCUGGUUUAGCCAUUGAAUAUGGUGCCUCUGCUGAGGAUAUUGGUAGAGUCUGUCAUGCUCACCCAACUUUAUCAGAAGCCUUCAAAGAAGCUGCUUUAGCUGCUUUUGAUAAACCAAUCAACUUUUAAGUCAAAAUUCUGUUAAUAAUAAUUAUACAAAGUCAAUUAUUUAAAAUAAAAUUUAUGAAAUUUUAAAUUAUUAUGUAUGUUUUUCAAAUUUAUUUUUUUUUAAAUUCCAUUUUUUCUUUUCUUUAUUGUUGUUU